UCAUAGCUACCAUGAUAUCAUGUAGAACAGACGUGGAGACAACCAAAAAAAAAAAAAAAAAUUUUUAUCUCCAACGAAUCAAACGUCAACGACUUAACCAAUAGGUUUAACUAGGUCAAGGUCAUUUAUGACGACAGAGAAGUAAAUAUUGUCUACGGCCUAGAAAACGUGUUUCGUGAUAAAGCAGCGAAAAAUACACAGGAAGACAACGAGAUCCCGUAGGAAUUGUACCCCUGAACAGAGUGUGUGUUUAAUACUUCAUAAAAUUGAACUGCCGCGGCUCCGAAAUAAAGGAAAUCAAAACUUUUCAUGAUGGAAAUUUCCGAUUGCGAGAGAAAUAAGACGGAGUUGUACGACGACCCCAAGACAAUUAUCCCACCCCGAAAUCUGGACGAAUUAAUUCAAGAACUGCAUAAAGUGUUUGCAAGCGACCAUGUCAAUGUGGAGUAUGUUUCUCAGUUGAUGGCAGCGUACCGUAGCAAUCCGAAAGAUUGGAAAAAAUUCGCCAUCUUCGAUCUGCACAGAUACACAAGAAACUUGGUGGAUGCUGGUAACGGCAAGUUUAAUCUGAUGGUGCUGUGCUGGAACACGUCCCAGGGCUCCGCGAUUCACGAUCACGCGAACGCUCACUGCUUUAUGAAGGUCUUGGAUGGACACGCACAGGAGGAGUUAUUUGAUUGGCCGGCGGGGAGCGAAGAAAUGCACACAAUGACAUCGAAAGGCAAAAAUUUAUACAAAAAGCAGGAAGUAGCUUAUAUAAGUGAUGAGAUUGGGCUACACAGAGUGGAAAAUCCCAGUCACUCCGACACCGCCGUCACGCUUCAUUUAUAUUCUCCACCCUUCAGCGAAUGUCAGAGCUUCGACGAGAGGACUGGAAAUGCAAACAAAGUGCAGGUGACAUUCUGGAGUCAGUACGGCAAACGGACGCCUUGUGCCAAGUUACCUAGUUCCUGUGUUCCUGAGAAUAAUUAGACCUCAGCGCAGCGAAGAGUUCCUCAAGAGAAAUAACUCUUGUUUUCCACAUCAAUGUUGCAAAGUUAACUAACAUUCCUGGAUUUAUUCUCAUUGAAGAUUAUUAACGAGUUAGUCUAGUUGAUUAGACUUUAAUUAUUGGAUUUUUAUGUUUUGGACAUUUUUUUUUGUACUUUGAAAUCAUUUUUUUUUUUUACGAUUGAAUAUCUAACAAUUUGAUAUCACAACGUUCAGCCCCAGACAAGUUGAUGUGUUUUAAGUAUAUUGUGUAAGAGUUGAAUGUCAUUGAUGAAUUGAUAUGUGUUAAGUAUAUUGUGUAAGAGUUGAAUGUCAUUGAUAAAUUGAUAUGUGUAAAGUAUUUGUGGAAGAGUUGUGUGUCAUUGAUAAAUUGAUAUGUGUUAAGUAUAUUGUGUAACAUAUGAAUGUGUGUUAAGUAUAUUGUGUAACAUAUGAAUGUGUGUUAAGUAUAUUGUGUAACAUAUGAAUGUGUGUUAAGUAUAUUGUGUAACAUAUAAAUGUGUGUUAAGUAUAUUGUGUAAGAGUUGAAUGUCAUUGAUGAAUUGAUAUGUGUUAAGUAUAUUGUGUAAGAGUUGAAUGUCAUUGAUAAAUUGAUAUGUGUAAAGUAUUUGUGGAAGAGUUGUGUGUCAUUGAUAAAUUGAUAUGUGUUAAGUAUAUUGUGUAACAUAUGAAUGUUUGUUAAGUAUAUUGUGUAACAUAUGAAUGUUUGUUAAGUAUAUUGUGAUAACAUAUGAAUGCCACUGAACUUCAUCUUUCUCUCUUUAUGAAUGCACAUUCACAGCUAUUUCUGUAAAACGCUGUACAUAUGACAAUCUUUAUUGGAAACCUGCAGAUUCAAGGGCCAGGUCCUCUAAUAAUUGAGAAGAGCAGUGAUCUAUUUUUUUAUGUGGAAAUUUUUUGGUAUAUGUAUUGUAUGUGUGUGUGUGUGUGUGUGUGUGUGUGUGUGUGUGUGUGUGUUGAUUUUAAGUAUGUAUAGCAUGUAUGUAUAUAUGUGUUGGUAUUUUAAUCCCUUUUGGGGCAUGAAUAUAGUAUUACCAAUGUAGGCAACAGAAGCCCUGAAAGUUUGCCCUGCCUCUUAAUAUUAUUAAUGUAGGUGACAGAAGCCCUGAAAGUUUGCCCUGCCUCUUAAUAUUAUUAAUGUAGGUGACAGAAGCCCUGAAAGUUUGCCCUGCCUCUUAAUAUUACUAAUGUAGGUGACAGAAGCCCUGAAAGUUUGUCCCGCCUUCAGAGAAAACAUCACUGGGUGUAUCAUUUCAUGCAUAGUGAAAAGGGGGGGUGGGGGGGGGGGGUUGAAAAGAUCUUUCUAUAAAUAUUUAAGAAGGGGAGUGUGUUAAAAAAAUCUUUGAAAUUCUACGAAUAUUUAAGAAGGGGUGUGUGAAAAGUUAGAUAUGUAUGAAGCUAAGGACUAGCAUAUAAUUGUAUGAAUGUUGAGGGGUGUUAAUUGGCCCUUUUGAUGGCAUUGUUUGUGACAUGUGAAGACAUUGUGUGUGACAUGUGAAGACAUUGUUUGUGACAUGUGAAGACAUUGUCUGUGACAUGUGAAGACAUUGUUUGUGACAUGUGAAGACACUGUGUGUGACAUGUGAAGACAUUGUUUGUGCAAGACUCUUUCUUUGUAAAACUCUGAUAUAUAAUGAUGUAUUGUUUGUGAUGCAGAUUAAGUAUACCGGUAACUUUAUUCAUAAAAGCAUAAUGAUUUUUCAAAUAUGCAUUUUUUUAUUUUUUUUUUUUUUAUCCCCUUGCAAUUCAUUGAGGGAUGUAGUGAGAGGACCGAUAUGUGUGUGUGCAUGUUUGUGCGUGUUGUCUGCAUUCUACAGGCCACAGUUCCUGCUUCACGCACAGCAUUAUUAUCAAGAGAGGAAGAAACGUAUCGAUAUUGGAAUCCAGAGGUCAAGGUCACUACAGGACGUCAGAGUAAAAGACAACAUUGAGAGAGAAUUUUUCAUCAGAAAAGUUUUAGCAGAACUCUUAUUUUUAUUAUUUGACAUUCAAGUGUAGUAGAUCCAAAGGAGAAGGGGGUGGAGCCCCCCCCCCCCCCCCUCAGAUUGAUGAAAUAUACAUAUUUCUCAUUAUUUUGAUUCAUUUUUUAAUCUAAGAUACUAAACGUUAGGCGUUUAGUAUCGCUAGUAUCGGAUGAAAAAUCCAAACCCUAGAUUAUGCUAAAUAUGUUGAUUGUAGGUCCCUCAAAAUGAAACGAGAUUCAAGAAAAUCCCCGCGUUUACUCUUGUUAACAUAAGAAAUUAGUUUUUAAGACUUUAAAUUGUCACAGAUUUUUUUAUUUCUUGUCUGGAGUGAGGUUUGAGGGGAGUAUGUUAUCUGAUUUUUUUUAGAAUCAGAAUUUAUUAGGAAGUGAAAAAAAAUGCUAUAUUUAGCAUUGUAAUAACCAUAAACUAUUUAUAGUAUGUAUCCCAGAAGUACGUGUCCAUGUGGUACAAUAUGAACUACUAUAUACAAAUAUAUCCGAUCUUUAAAACACGCUUGUAAUGAACAUGCUUAAAAUGAAUUCAUGCUUAUUGCGGUGUCAUUGAAUUCACGCUAAAUGUUUUUUUGUUUUUUUUUGCUCUACAACCGUGUUAUACUGUAUAAUGAAGUUUGGUUAUAAUGAACUGUUUUUUACUGGCCCUGUAGGUUCAGUAUAACCGUGUUUUACUGUAUAAUGAAGUCGGGUUAUAAUGAACUGUUUUUCGCUGGCCCUGGAGGUUCUCUAUAACUGUGUUUUACUGUAUAAUGAAGAUUGUGUAUUAUGAACUGUUUUUCGCUGUUAUGCUGUAUUUCCAUGUUUGAUGCUUUUAAAACCUAAACUAACUCAUUUCCAUUUUUGAUGAUUGUGUAGUGUGUGACAACGAAGGGGAGAGAACUCCAUUGUCAUCCCAAGAAAUUUUAUCUUCACUUGCUUAGUGGUCCAGCUAUUUCGCACACUUGUCAUUAGAUUGUCAAAUUUUCAGAACAACCUGUCCCUUUCUCAGGACAAAUAAAAAGGUUUACAUUUUAAGAUGGCUAAAAACCACUAGCAUUAAAACUACACUAAAUCAACAAACGUAUUUACACUGCAAAUUACAUGUUUAAUCAUUUUUGACUUGAUAAUCAAUGUUUUCUGGGGAAUGGUUUAGGACACGUCCUAUUUGUCCAAUGGGCUAAUCCAAUCAGGACCCCUUGCUUGUCGUAAGAGGCGACUAAAUGGGGCGGUCCUUCGGAUGAGACCGCAAAAACUGAGGUCCCGUGUCACAGCAGGUGUGGCACGAUAAAGACCCCUCCCUGCUCAAUGGCCAUAAGCGCCGAGCGUAGGCCAAAAUUUUGCAGCCCUUCACCGGCAACAGUGACGUCUCCAUAUGAAUGAAAUAUUUUCGAAACGGACGUUAAACAAUAAUCAACCAAUCCAUAACCCGGUAUUGUUGGAGGAUUAUACAUACUAACUGUAAAUCAUGUUGAAGGUAGAAUUAACAGUGUUAAGUUAGGUGUUCCUUCCCUCCAUUUUGUAGGGCUGAAACGACACGCCCCCUUCACGAUACGAUGCAUAUUGCGAUACUUAUGCCACGAUUCAAUAUUUUCAAUACGAUACAAUUUACAGAAGAAAUCAAUGAUAACAUUGAAGAAAAAAUAAUUACCAAGAUUCAAAAUUAAAGAUUUAAAAGCAAAAUGUUUACACAGUCAUGUGGCAAGAUGCGUGUUGGCUAUGUGGUUUAUACUGAUCAAGUUCAUAAUUAUUUUCAUCAACCUUAAGGAAAACAAUAAGUACUGAGGCUGAGCAUGAUGUAUAUUACUAAAUCUGUUAGUAAUAAAUUUAUCGAACUGAAAAUUGAGGCAAUGAAUCGAAUAUUGAAUCGAGCAUUUAUAUUGAACUGAAUCGAUAUUUCGGUGAAUGUGUCAGCCCAACCAUUUAGUGAAAUGCAAUAAAAAAACAAAACAGAUGAACAAGAAAGAAGGGAAAAAAAGAAAUUCUGAAAGCAUCAUUCCAAACUGUGAAUCUGUGAAUGUUAAAUGUAUGAUUUAGAGUACAUGAAGUUUGAGGGGGAAGGGGGGGAAGCUUGCAUGCCGUACAGUCAUGAUAACACAACAUUAUAAUCUUAAAAUAACCAGAAUCGUAUAAAGUGCUGUUGAUAAAAUGACCGGAAUCGUAUAAAGUCCUGAUAAUAAAAUAAAUGGAAUCGUAUAAAGUCCUGAUAGUGAAAUAACCGGAAUCGUAUAAAGUCCUUAAAAUAACCAGAAUCGUGUAAAGUGCUGUUGAUAAAAUGACCGAAAUCGUAUAAAGUCCUGAUAAUAAAAUAAAUGGAAUCGUAUAAAGUCCUGAUAGUGAAAUAACCGGAAUCGUAUAAAGUCCUUAUAAUAACCGGAAUCAUAUAAAGUGCUUAAAAUAACCGGAAUCAUAUAAAGUGCUAUUUAUGAAAUUGUACACCAAAAUGUGUGUGUAGAUUCCCAACCAAACUAUACAUGCAUGGCAGCUUUAAAGAGCCUGUAUUUAAAAUGUUAGGAUUGAUAGUAUUUUUGUUCAAAAUGUGUAGAAUAGCCGUUAGGUCAAUAUGUAGAAUAGCCAUUAGGUCAUUAUGUAGAAUAGCCGUUAGGUCAUUAUGUAGAAUAGCCAUUAGGUCAUUAAUGUAGAAUAGCUAUUACAAUAUUAUUUGGCAUUUGUUACUCAGAAUUCUGGAAUUUGUUUCACAGGGAGUCUGAACGACUCGAGACCAGAAAUACAUGUAUCAUUUACCUGUACAAACUACAGACUUCAUCAAUAACUUGUACACCAAACUACAGACUUCAUCAAUAACUUGUACAUCAAACUACAGACUUCAUCAAUAACUUGUGCAUCAAACUACAGAUUUCAUCAAUAACUUGUACAUCAAACUACUGACUUCAUCAAUAACUGGUACAUCAAACUACAGACUUCAUCAAUAACUUGUACAUCAAACUACAGACUUCAUCAAUAACUUGUACACAACCACAAUCUAUUUUACAAUUCUACUUCAAAUUCGAACCCAGAAAAGUCAAAUUGUUGAUUUUAUUAAAUCUGGGCAAGAUUUUUUUUUUUUUCUUCAUAAAUUUGGAGGGAUAGAUUUUUGUGUAUUGCAACAAAGUGUGUGGUGAUGUGACCGAAUGCAGAAAAUGUGUAACCACUAAACAUCACAGACUAUGAUAAUGAAUAAACCAAGCAUCAGAAAUUAAACGUGUUUAAAGGAAGAAUAUUUCCACAAGUAAACCGUGAAAUUGUGGCAAUUCGAAUUCCACCACGACUCUUGUAGUGAUUAGAUGACACACAAAGUGCUCAAUAUUAAAAUUUUUGCUCAACCAUGUAUAAUGUUAUUCAUAUCGAGGAAAACGAAAAACUUUAUGGCGGCCGGGACAAAAUCGUCAACUUUUCCCAUUCUUUUGUUCAUGAUGACAGUUUAAUGAAAUAAUGUGAGUGAUUGCGGGUAUAGUUAUGCUGUAGACAUCGCCAGGUUCAGUUUUAUAAAUAUGCCUGGUUGUGAACAGGUGAUCUACAGCACAGCUGUGUUUUGGUACAUUUAAUUUUAACAAAACUUGCAUAAUCGAUGAUGAAAAUUUUUAAUUGCUGUCUCUGUAAUGGCCAUAUUUUAAUGUUUGCAUAAUGUGUCACAUUAAUUCUGUUGAUAUUAAAUAUAUUGUAUUCAGAC